CCCUAACAUGUCUUUCUUUCUUUGUUGUCACCUUUGUUUCUUGAUGCCCACAGAAACGCAAUAUUUCAUUCCCAAGUUUUCUGUAACCCUAACGGCAGCCACAAUUGCCUUCUGCAAUAGCCCCUCUAAUGGGCGCGCACUUGUAUGUGCGCGCACCAGUGCCAUCCUCCUGUUCCAUGUUUGCUCAUUCGACUUUGGGUCGUUUCGUUGUUCUCCUCUUCCUAAUCUCGACCAUCCAACUUGUGAAUGGUUCCGAUUUAGAAUCGCUUUUUAAGUUCAAGAAUUCUUUAAUCAAUGGCAGCAAUUUAAGCACCUGGAUAACCUCAGAGGAACCAUGCAAUAAUAACACAGCCAACUGGGAAGGCAUUCUUUGCAACAAUGGGACCGUUUCGGCCAUAAAACUCGAGGGGAUGGGACUCGAAGGUAACAUUGAUGCAACAAUAUUAGCCAGAUUGAAAUCUUUGGUGAGCAUAAACUUUAUGGAUAACAACUUAAAGGGUUCCUUCCCUGAUUUCGGAAUGCUCUAUGGAAUCAGAGAGAUUUUAUUGUCUAACAACAAGUUCUCUGGUGAAAUUCCAGCCAAUGCUUUUAAGGGACUGAAAUGGCUCGAGAAGCUUUAUCUCGCAAAUAACAAGCUCAUGGGCCAGAUCCCUGUCUCCGUGACCUCAUUACCUAUGCUAAAAGAGUUGUUGCUCGAAAACAAUCAUUUAGAGGGUGAAAUCCCAAAAUUCUAUAAAACUAACCUCACUCUAGCAAACUUCGCCAACAAUCAUUUCAAUGGUCGUAUCCCAGAAGGGUUUGAGAAUUUUUCUGCAAGCCUAUUCUUAGGUAAUGAACGGCUCUGUGGAUCACCAUUGGAAGAAUGUCAGAGAAAUGGUACUUCCACUGCCACGAUCAUAAUCAUAGCAUUGGUGCUGGCAACAGCAGUAGGAGCAGUACUUUUUGCUGUGGUGAUCCUUAGCAGCCGCCGCCACCAAGAUCCAGAUUUUGCAAGAAUUCAGAACCAUGGUUCAACAGUUUUAGGAACUUCAGCUAACCUUAGCAUGAAGGAGAAGGGCGCAUCAUCAUCUCGUAAGGAAAAGAAUGCAGAUCUUUCUAUGAAGUUGACGUUCUUGAUAGAUGAUGAGGAAGUGUUUGAUCUAGCAGACUUGUUGAAGGCGUCCGCUGAGGUGCUGGGAAGUGGGAUGUUUGGAUCCAGUUAUAAGACUGCUCUCGCUAGUGGGAAAGUGAUGGUAGUGAAGAGGUUCAGGCAAAUGAAUAAUGUUGGACAAGAAGAAUUUUAUGAGCAUAUGAAAAGGUUAGGCAGGUUGAGACAUCCAAACAUACUACCACUAGUGGCUUUCUACUAUCGAAAAGAAGAGAAGCUUUUCGUUUCCGAGUACAUUGACAACAUUAGUCUUUCGUACCAUAUCCAUGGCAACCAGUCUAAUGAAAUUCGGAGCCUAGAUUGGCCUACUCGGUUGAGAAUAAUGAAAGGGAUAGUGAAAGGGCUUCAUAGCUUGUACAUUAAGCUACCAAGCCUAAUCGUGCCUCAUGGUCACCUCAAGUCUUCAAAUGUCCUUCUCAACAAGAACUACGAGCCCCUUCUUUCUGAUUACGGUUUGGUUCCAGUAACCAACCCAGAACAUGCAUUCGACCUCAUGAUGGCUUACAAGUCACCAGAGUAUAAGCAACAUGGACGCAUCUCAAAAAGGACAGACAUAUGGUGCCUUGGUAUCCUGAUCCUUGAGGUUAUGACAGGGAAGAUCCUAGCAAAUACUCUCCACCUAGGCAAAGGGAAUGAAAGUGACCUUACUGAUUUCAUCAACUCUGUGGCAAACCAGGAGUUGAACAUUGAUGUGUUUGAUAAGGAAAUGGCGGGAUUCAACAAGAGCAGUGAAGAGGAGAUGAUGAAGUUGUUGAAGAUUGGUUUGAGUUGUUGUGAAAAAGAUGCCAACAAGAGGAUGGAUAUUAAACAGGUCGUGGAAAAGAUUGAGGAGUUGAAAGAAAAAGAAGGCAUGGAAGAUGACUUUCAAUCGACUUAUAGUAGUGAACCAGACAAGCAAUCAUUAAGAGAAAUUACAGAUGACAACUAUAAUUAACUACACUUGAUUGAUUCAAUUCAUGACUUGGAACUGUUAGUUGGUUAGGGAUGGUUUCGUCAACCUGAAUAUUUUCCAUGGAUUUGAGACUUGAGCCACAUCUGAGGUGCUACUGGAAGGGGUCCUUCACUUGGAAGAGAAAACUUAUUCGUGGGGUACUUCAAUCUCAAGGACAAUAUAUAGUUCUAUAAACUUUCCCAGUAUCAUUUUGGAUGCAAUCUAGCUACACAUUCUAUAGGAUUUUGCUCAAUGUAACUUUUUGCUGGGUUAAAGGUUUCAAGACCAGUUUUCCAUGACAAGAUCAAUUCGGGCAUCUGUACCUCAUCCAUCAUAUGCUGCUUGCCUGCUUCUCUAAUCUAACAUAUGGCUCAUGAUAUCGAGUGUAACACUUAAGGGCUGAUGAACUAAUAAGGGUGUGUCUCUGCAUAAAUCACAGAAGUCCUCACCUUGCUUUACUCAUCUCAUGAUGAUUUUUCUUAGGUCUUCAAAAAGAAGCACUAUCAUAAUGUUUGUUAGGGGCAACUCGAUGUGGCCAGGAUACCAUCUCCUUUCAUAGCGGUUCUAAUGAGGCAACAAACGAAGAAAUCAUAUAAUGUAAGGAAAGGUGGGUACUGUGAACGAAAUUCGGAUGCUUUGCUGAACAGAAUGACUAAGAACAACAAAGAUAACCAGGGAUCUAGCUAAAGGAUUAUGCAUACCGAGUGUGUUAGAAAAGGAUUGAUUUUAAACAACAAUAGUAACUUCAAUCCACUCAUGUAAACUAUUGGAAGGAUCCUCAUUUACCAUGUUUGUUCCUUAGACAAAGUAUAACAUUCUGUGGAAGAGUAACUGACUUAGGGUAUUUCAAUCUAGAUGUUUUGUGCAAUUUUAUUAACUUCACCCAUAUCAUUUGGGGUGGAAUCUAGCUACACAUUGCAGGAGAUUAAUAUCAAUGUAAUUUUUUCUGGCUUAAAGGUUAC